AUGCGCGAGAUUAUUCACCUGCAGACCGGCCAGUGCGGCAACCAAGUCGGUAGUGCCUUUUGGCAGACCAUCUCUGCCGAGCAUGGCCUCGACAGCAGCGGUGCCUAUCACGGCUCGUCUGACCUCCAGCUCGAACGCAUGGAUGUCUACUUUAACGAGGCUUCCGAUCGCUAUGUGCCGCGCGCGGUGCUCAUCGAUCUUGAGCCCGGCACCAUGGACGCCGUGCGCGCCGGGCCCCUUGGCCAGCUCUUCCGCCCUGACAAUUUCGUCUUUGGCCAGUCUGGCGCCGGCAACAACUGGGCCAAGGGCCACUAUACGGAAGGCGCCGAGCUGGUUGACGAGGUCCUCGACUGUGUCCGCCGCGAGGCUGAGGGCUGCGAGUGCCUCCAGGGCUUCCAAAUCACGCACUCGCUCGGCGGUGGCACGGGAUCGGGCAUGGGCACCCUCCUGAUUGCCAAGAUUCGCGAGGAAUUCCCGGAUCGCAUGAUGGCGACGUAUUCAGUCGUGCCGUCGCCUGGAAACUCGGAUACCGUCGUCGAACCGUACAACGCGACGCUCUCCAUUCACCAGCUUGUGGAAAAUUCCGACGCGACGUUUUGCAUCGACAACCAGGCCCUCUAUGACAUUUGCUCGCGCACGCUCAAGCUUUCUGAGCCAUCCUACGGAGACCUUAACCAUCUGGUGUCGGUUGUCAUGUCGGGCAUCACAACGUGCCUCCGCUUCCCUGGCCAACUCAACUCGGACCUGCGCAAGAUGGCAGUCAACUUGGUCCCCUUUCCUCGCCUCCAUUUCUUUACCGUUGGCUUUGCUCCCUUGACUGGCCGGGGUUCCCAUUCGUUCCGGGCUGUUUCCGUGCCUGAACUUACGCAGCAAAUGUUUGAUCCCAAGAAUAUGAUGGCGGCGUCCGACUUUCGCAACGGUCGCUUCCUGACUUGCUGCGCCAUCUUCCGCGGCAAAGUAGCGAUGAAGGAAGUAGAAGACCAGAUGCGCAAGGUCCAAACCAAGAACUCUACGUACUUUGUUGAUUGGAUUUCCAACAAUAUCCAGACUGCGCUCUGCACUGUACCCCCGAAAGGCCUCAAAAUGGCUUCCACCUUUAUUGGCAACUCGACCUCUAUUCAAGACAUUUUCAAGCGCGUCGACGUCCAAUUCUCCGCCAUGUUUCGCCGCAAGGCCUUCUUGCACUGGUACACGGGCGAGGGCAUGGAUGAGAUGGAAUUUACCGAGGCCGAAUCUAAUAUGAAGGACCUCAUCUCUGAAUAUCAGCAGUAUCAAGAUGCAACUGCUGAUGACGAUGACGAGGAGUUUGAGGAAGAGCUUCCGGUGGAGGAAUAG